CCAUGUCCCUCUUCCAGGUGCGCGAAUGGUGGGCCGCCAAGGGCGAGCACGACGAGGAGUAUACGCCCGGUGCGCUGGUGGUGGGCAACGUGGAUAACGAUUCCUCCGGACAUGUGAAAAUCGUAACUGGCAGCUUGAACGGGGUGUUGCGCGUGUAUUGCCCAACCCAGAGCGAAUUCCGUAUCGAACACCUACUGCUGGAGGAGAAUAUUCGACGUCCCAUUUUGCAAUUGGCUCUUGGUUACUUUAUUCCCAAUCAGCGUAUUUUAGCGCUCGCUAUCCUACAGCCGAGACGGAUCGGCGUUUAUGUGGUGGAGGGCGUGGGCGGGACCGGCAUGGCGGCCAAUUACUUCAAGAUUACGCUGCGAUACGAACAUUUACUGGGCAUCGACGGGGAACACUUCACAGCUUAUAACUUUAUCUACGGACCUUUUGGUUCGCCUAGCUCUAGCUCUGGCGGGGGAGCUCCUCCACGAUCGGAGCGUGAUCAUCUGUGUGUGCAGUCGCUAGAUGGUCGGCUGCAGUUCUUCGAGCAAGACAGGUUUGCAUUUCUACAGCCCCUCAACAACAACUUCCUCCCUGGAGCGAUAUGUUAUGCAGUCGGUAUGGACGCUGUGAUAGCUGCCACGUCGGAUUUACAACUUGAAUGCUACCGUUAUCAAGUUCUGGCGUCGGCGUCGCUCAAAAAGAAAAGAAACGCUUUAGACGAAGACAGUAAGGAAGACCGACAGAAAGAUGCCGCUUCGGCGUCAGUGCACUGCGACUGGAAGAUAAAUAUUGGAGAAGUCAUUGUAGACAUCCGCGUUGCUCGGAUGUCAUACCAGGAAUCAUCAACGAGUUUUGACAUCCUGGUACUUGGUGAGUUCACGCUAUUCGGUAUCAAACCGCAGGGAGAGAUUUUUCUGCAGAAGCGACUGGGUUUCCAUCCGUCGGCUUUUGCCACUUUUCGACGAUAUGCAUCUCCUACGGAGAGAGUAUCACAGAGCUCAGCAUCAAUGGAGAACCUUCUCAUUGCCAGUGAUUCAAAACUCUGGAGUGUCUUCAAGGAGAAGACGCUCAUUUGGUCUGCGUGUUCGUCAACCGUCCCGGUGGCAUUGCAAGUCGCCGAAUUCGGAGGCAUCGACGGAAUGAUCGUGAGUCUGGACUCGGACGGAGCGCUAAGUGUCAACUACAUGGGCACAGACCCGCCGUCUUCCGCUGUUGUCGCACCAGACACGAAGGAGAUCAACUAUGAAGAAAUGGAUGAAGAACAUCGACAACUAUUGAAUGUCAUACGCCGUGCACAGGGCGAACGGCGGACGGAGCCUAAAGACCGCGUGUUGAUUCGAGCACAGGUACCAGCCAUCCUGGACGCUCUACCGGAUCGUAGCGAUGAGUUCAAUCGCAGUGGAGGCUCAACACAAGACGCUAAUGGUAAGAAUACGCAGCUAACAAUGCGCGUGUAUGUCACGUACACUGGAUCAACGCGUGUCUCCAAUGUGACGUUGUCGGUGUCAACACCCGAGAAUGUCGUGGCUAGCGAUUCCUCGUUCGUGAUUGGGAGCAUCGACGGCAAGGCGUCUACGCCUCUUAUUAUCCCGGUCGUGUUGCGUCCGAGUGCUGAUGCCAUGCCUACGUCACUCUCCGUUACAAUCUCAGCGUCGUAUACACUCGAGACAGGUCAGCCGCGAGUCUCGCAGUGUGUAGUCAAGCUCCCCAUGUGCAUGGCCUGCCGUCUCGUGCCUCCCGUCAAGUCCAGUACCUUCAAAUUUACUCUGGAAACCAAUCAAGAGCCUCUUGAACUCGCCAGUUUGUUUGAAGACAUGCUACACCAGCCAAGUUGCACACCCGAGUGGGCGAAGCAGGUGGUGGCGGGUGGCUCCGGCACAAAUGUACUGAGUUUCCAGUACUACAACGGCGUUGAGGCGACGAUCCUUGUAUCGAAGAACGCCGGACGCUAUCGUAUCCAGUCUAACGAGCUUGAGGCGCUCUGGAUGGUAUCACAAGAGCUGGUUGCUCGCCUUCGUGCAUUCUUUGACGGACGAGAGCAGCAUGCAGAGGCCAAGGGCAGCGACAACGGUGCUUCUACGGCUCUCGAGGUGUUCUACCAGGAGCCACUACCGCUUGCAGAUUUCUUCGGUGCUAUUGAUGCGCACUUCGCUCUGCGGAAGGAGAAGCUCGAGCUGGUAGCGCAGCUGAACGACCGAGCGCACCAGUUCCGCGUGAUUCAGAAGCGUCUAUUGGUGCGCUACAAGGACCGCAGCCCCGCCGCUGUCAACUUUCUGGACGUGCUGCUACACGGCACGUACGACCAACUCAUUUCACUGUCGCACGCCAUGGAGGCGGUGGAAGCCAAGCUGAACCGUGCGGCCAAUCGGUUGGCGUGCUGUGUGUCGCUCAUCCUGAUGCUCAUUAAGUUCCGGUUCCAUCUCAGCGACGAAGACGCACGGCUCCUAGAGGCGUAUCUUUCUCCUGUCGUGAACGAGACGGCUGACAGCGGCGCCGUGGAGCAAGGCUGGGAGGAGCGGACUGACUGCGCCAUGACGGAAUUGUUGCGUACUGUGCUGGCCAAGCAGCCUCAAAACAAGGACGGCACAGCAGCGGCGUCCGCUGUAGCGACGAGCGAGCUACAGAUGCAGGAGGACACCAAGCGGCUCAAGAAACACAUUACCAUCGUGUGCGAUCGCCUCGGUAAGGGUGCGAGUCUCGUCCCAGGCAAUAACAGCAACACAGCAACCAGCAGUGCAGCACCAAGCGAGUCCAAAGGAGACUAGCGGCCGCAGCAUCACAGGACGGCAAGCACAAUAUCAAUCAAUCAAUCGACUUGAAAAUUGUAUUGGUGAAGUUGAAGUUGGGUGAUUGCCAAUCGUGACACCCAUUGGCUCAC